UGCGCCUCCAUUAUAAACAACAAUGGCGGUGCAUCCGAAGUCGAUUGUUUUUCGCGCGAAAAUACCCGCAGUGGCCGUGUCAAAAUGCUCGCGGUAUCGCCCGAAACGCUCGAGCAAAAUGCGAAUAAGUUGGACAAAUUCAUCCGGCUGAAGAAAGCCGGCGAAGGCACCUACGGCGUCGUCUACAAAGCGAAAGACAAGAUCACGGGCAAAUAUGUAGCGCUCAAGCGAAUGAAACUCGACAGGUUUGAGAAUAGAUCAUCUGAAGGUGUUCCAUCCACAGCAAUCCGGGAAAUCUCUCUCCUUAAAAAUCUCCAUCAUUCUUCAAUUGUUGAACUGCUCGAUAUCAUUUGUGGUGAUCAGAAAGCAAUUCACCUUGUUUUUGAAUAUCUUGACAUGGAUCUCAAACAUUAUUUAGAUGCAACUCCCACAGCUCCAUCUGAAGAUUUAGUCAAAAGUUAUAUGAGGCAAUUAUUUGAUGGUCUUGCAUACCUGCAUUCACACCGCAUUCUUCACCGAGAUUUAAAACCGCAAAACAUUCUGAUCGAUCAUGAAGGGCACAUAAAACUAGCUGAUUUUGGUUUGUCACGAUGUUUUAUGAUUCCUGUGCGUGCGUAUACACAUGAAGUGGUUACACUAUGGUAUCGUGCGCCUGAAUUACUCCUGGGUUCGAAAUUGUAUGGGCCGGCAGUUGAUGUGUGGAGUUUAGCUUGUAUUAUGUCUGAAAUUGUGUCGAAAACAGCGCUUUUUCCGGGCGAUUCGGAGAUUGAUCAGAUCUACAAAGUGUUUAAGAUUUGCGGCACUCCGAAUGAAGAUACAUGGCCUGGGUGUUCAACACUGCCGGAUUUUAGGAAGACUUUUCCUGUUUGGCAACCACAAGAUUUGAAUAGUUAUGUUAAGUUUCACAGUGAAGAACAAAAACACUUUUUAAUGAAAAUAUUGGAAAUUAAUCCGGAAAAGCGUUUAUCAGCGAGGGAAACACUUAAAACUGAGUAUUUAAAGUUUACAAGACUAAUUGCGCCUGAUGUUUCUGUUUUUGAUCUUGAUCACAAGUAAUAUUUUAUGUAUUCAUGUUUUUUAUCAAAACUUUUAAGUUUAGAACUCUAUUUGUGUAUUUUUUUAUCAGCCGCAACGUACUUAUACGAAUAUAUCACCAAAUUUUACAAUUUACAAUAAAACUACCGUGUAACAAUACAAAUUUUAUUAUUGUC